AUGGCAGAAGGUACCGGCCGCGAUUUGGACUUCUUCGAGUGCUAUGCUGGCCGGGCAAGGCUUUCGCAUGCUGUGCAGGAGGAGUUUGAUAGUCAGUGCCAGCUCUUCUGCUACCACGCCGGCAUCUUCAGCAUCUACGAGCAGCCUUUGGCAUCAUACAUGCCCCAGUUGAGGGCCAUGCGGGACCUGCUUGACCUCGAUCAACGGCUUGGAGACGACGAAGCUGUUUUGGAUCUCGUGCCGCCGGCCAGCAAACGGCUCGCAGGAUUCGGUAUCCUGUCGGCCCAGCCGGCAACGACCCACGCCCCUUGCCGGCUGUGGUCAUUGAGGACAAACUCCACCAGAUCCUUGGGUUCGGAUGCCACCGAGACGACGAGCCCGCCCGCUUCCGCCACGCAUUUCUUGAAGGGCAUUGGCCAGGCCGCUAUGGAGAAGGCACUGUCAGGAACGAAUCUUGAGAGCGACAAGAAGAUCAAGAAGAAAGACAAGAAGAACAAGAAAGGACCGAACUUCUGCCAUGUGCGACUGGCACGCAUCCGUUCUCUAGCAGGCCAGUCUUCCGACUCCGACGAGGAGUCCAGCACAGAGAGCCGGGACGGGCAGGAGGAGAAGCAGGGCCUCUUCCGGCUCCUGAACAAGGAGCUGCAGAGGUCGUUGGACCAAACUAAGGUGGAGGAUUUGAGCUGCCAGCAGCUGGCAUACACUUUGUGUGGGAUCGCGAAGUGUGUCGUGGCAUCGGACCUCGUGCAGAUUGGUGGCGAGACUGUGCCUUGUUCGCAAAGGAUGCAGCAUGCAGUCAAGACUGGCUGCCACAAACAGGUGAUCACUCCUGCUGUCUCUCGUGCGGCGAUGAUUCUAAGAUCGUUCAUUGGUGCUUCCGCUGAAUUGAACCGAGUCACCGCGAAGAGCCAAGCCCAGAUCAACAUCUCGUCUUGCAAGACGCUGGAUGACAUCAACACGUUGUACAAGUCCCUCGUGAAGAGACACUGCAGGAAGGAGGGCAUCAGCAAGGAGGCCAUGAGCCGCCGGUACGACGAGCUUUUGAGCAGGCUCUGUGAGGAGGCCGAGAAUGACCUCAAGCAGUUGGCUGCUGGCAGGAGGGCUAAGAGAUCACCCCGUGCCGAAGCCGCCUCAACCUUGAAGCCCCGACGGCUUUUUGCAGAUCCUGCCGUGACUGGCUCCGAUCGGGGAGCUGGGGAAGAGGACGACGACGAUGAUGAUGAUGAUAAGUUCGCUGGCCUCUCCGAAGCCGACGGCGAGGAUGGUGAUCUGUUCACUGGUAGGUUCAAGCAGAGCCCUGCCAAGAAGGCCUCCGCUCGAAAGCCGAAGCAGUCUGGGAAGAGGAAGCGGGCUCUCGCCAGGGAGUGCCCGCACGAAUCCUCUGACAACGAGGAGCCAGAUCACAGCAAGGAGAAGGACCCCGAACAGGAGGCCUUCUCCGGCAAUGGUGGCAUCAAGGACCGGGCUGAGACAUCCAAGCCCGAGGAUCUCAAGUCCAAGUUCGAGCCCGGUCUCUUGGAGCUCCUGCUGCCCGGCAUGAACUCGACCGAUUCCGAUCAUUGCAUGAGCCUCCUGCUCUGCGAAGACAUCACCACCCUCCACGAAGCCGUGGAGUUGUUUUCAGAUGUUCCUGGAGGAGAGCUCAUCCAGAGCUUGGGCUCCAAGGCCAGGGAGUGUGCCCAGAACCUGACCUUGAAGGCUCGCAAAGUUUUGACAAAAUGGCCGACGAUGUUGCAGGAGCAUGACAAGCAGCUGCUCGCCAUGGAGGAAAAUGGUGACGGUCAGGACGUCAGCUGGGCUCCUGGACUACGGGCCAGGAGCAUGAGCAGCUGCUGGGUGCAAAUUAACGUGCUGCUUCAUUUGAACGUGCUGCUUCGAUUGCGAGAUUUCAUUGCCUGCCUGCCAGUCUACAGAGAGUUUCCAAGGCUCAACACGGAGGCCGAGAAGAUGGAACACAAAGGCUUAUUUCUCAAGAAAUUGGCCUUCGUGGAUGACAAGAUCAGCAGGAAUCUGCCGAUCGUGCAUGAUCAACGGCUUUCCAUGCCAGAGUGGGAGGCCGCUGAGGUCGUUCUGGAAAUUCGUGCCUGUCGUGAGAACAGUUUGUCCUCCUGGCAGGAAAUCUUGGACAGCUGCCGCCAAGCGGCUGCUAGAGCAGGAUUACCCUUGAGGCCUCGACUGCCUGAGACGGCGAAGGCGGCGAUGCCUUCAGACGAGCAGCUGGCGAUCGUGGAAGUGCUUCCAGAUCCAGACGAGGAGCAGCCGGUAGCCGCUAAUGUGGCCCGUGCCGACUACACUCCAACGAAGUCUCUUUUCAUGCAAAGCGCCGUUGGGCACACUGGUGUGUUUGAUGUGCUGCAGGCCGUACUGCUGCUGCUGCUGUCAUGUGUCCUUGCUGAGUCUCUUGCGGAGCCUGCCACAUACAGUACAAUAAUCUGCAGCCAGGUGCAGGGAGAUGUGAGCUCCGAUGGCUUCAAGCUGUUUUUCCGGGCAAGCACCCUUUGGAAGAUGUUUGAGAGGAGGGACAACCUGACCUGUGAGCUUGCUGAUGCAUGGAAAGUGAACUUGGAUUUGCACAUCAUCCGAAAGCUCGGGUACAAGGGCAAGCAGGGGCUCUGUUUGCAGCGACUGGAGCUGCAAGGUGUGACGUCCCUUCGUCGCAUCUCCAUUCUAAACUUCAAACAGUCUGAGGCAGUCUGUGUGCUGCAGAUUCGCUCCUGCUCCGAGAAGUUCCAAAAGGCUGUCGUGCAGUCCUUGGAAACUCUGCUGGGGAACGCCUGCCCACCCGACAUGGAGCUGGCCCUGCUCCCAAGGAUCAAUGCUUGUACUUUGAAGUGUGUGGGACACGAUGUGGAUCUUGCUUCCUGGGAGACGUUUCUCCAGUUUGUUGAGUGGGUGCCGAGGUGGCAGAAGUUCAAGCUUGCCUCUUCUGCCCAGCAGCAAUUCAAUGCAGGUGUACGGCUCUCCUUAGCCUUUUGCUUCAUCAUGCGAGCGAACUUCAAGGAAAUGAUCUGUGGCCGAGUUUCUACAGGGCGGCUGCAGAAGCGGGCCCUGCAUCUGCUCGCUCAAGGGGCCGAGAGUCACCUGGAAGACCGCCUCCUGAAUGACUUGCCAGUCCCCACCAGCAAGGACGAGUUCCACCCUUGCAAAACGCAGCUCGGCUCAGUUCUUCCAGGUGCUUCCCUCGGCUGCAGAGUCGCUUUAGGGGAGCCGAGGGAUGGUCGCUUCUUGAAGAAGGAGAUCAAACCAAAGCACGUCCUGCAGCUUGAUCGCUUCUUGGGCAGAAAAGCAGGCUUCGCCACUUCGGAAACAUGCGACGACCAGCUGAACGACCUGGGUCUCUCGGAGUUUGUGCCGAGCCACAAGCACAGGCUCUCAAGCGACUUCAGCUACAGGUAUUUCCGCAAGGCGGCCACUGUCUUGCACGAGGAGAUGGAGAAGCUGCCGGUGAAGGGGAUGGCCUUCUUGUGCGAACUGCAGUCCCUGGCCGACAAAAUGCUCCAGCAGGAUGCUUCGGCCGCCUCCAAGAUGCCUCGUACUGUUGGCCGAUUGAAGCAGGACCGGCUGGCAAGCAGAGAGCACAUGCGAGCUUUGCUGCACAGCUUGGAACUUCUGAACCUCGAGCUGGCUCCCCUUCCUUUCUCCCUCCGGGCUGCAGACCCCGAAAAGCAUGAGAGUCGUGAGAUGUAUGGCAGCCGGGCCUUCAUUUUCAACUACGAAAGCGGCUUGGCUGAGUGGGUCUGCACGCCUGACUUUGAUGGUAAGACAAAGACCGGUGUCCGGGUGACGCUGCAUCCGGACGAGGGAGGGCCAUUGUUUUGUGCUUGGCAAUUCUUAUCUUCGCUGGGCCUCCCCGUCGGCUUCUGCAGGGAUGAAACGCACAAGUUGCAGACGCAUUUCCUUCGCUUUCUGAAAGCCCACAAGGAUGAUGUGCUGAUGCAGAUGUUCAGUGAACACAUUCUGAAAGAGCAAGGCUGGCCCGUGACAGAAGAUGCUUCCCUCAACUUUUCCCGUGUCGUGCAAGUUCUUGACAAGUUGAUGAGGAGGACGGGCUCCAUCUUCGAGCAAGGGAGGCUCAUGAGGGCCACAUUCGGGGAAGUUGCUGUGGAGAACCUCGGCAUCUCUUCGGACAUUGGACGUGCCCAGAACAGCGACGGCCUUAUGGUGCUGCAAGUCACAAAGAGACGAUCGCCCGAGCUUGAGGACCUUUUGCUUGAUCAUGUUCAGGCAGGGCUGGCUGCUUUGACCGAACUCCGGCAGUACAAAGUCUACCUGCAAAGCUCGCCGCACCAAGCAGCUGCAUUGCUGGUAGAGUGUGACGGAGGCUCUGCAGAGCAGGAUACUCAAAACAGUAUCUUGCAGGCCAUGAAACUGGAAUGGAGCUUGGUCAUAGAGGCUGAGAACAGCAUGAAGCUUCAUCGCCUCAUGCAGUCGUCCUGCCCACACACACAGUUCGUGUACUACAGGGAGGUCAUGAGCUCGUUUGAGAAGGAGGGCUGGGUACUCAGCCCCAGCACAGAGGCCCUCCUGAGGGCCUGGUACCCGGGCCUCAGCAGUUCCUGCAACGUGGAGCAAUGCUUCAACCACAUGGAGGACAGCAUGAAGCGAGCCACCAAGGCCAACUCCGCCAGUCUGGCGAAUGUGCAGUGCCUUGGCAUUCGUGCCGUUGCAAACAAGGUCUGCCGAGGAGAGAAGGGUGCACAGGCAAUCGCCCUGUCUCCGGAAGACUUCGAGGGGAACGAGGCAGAGACAGACAGAGGCCCUCAUUUCCGUGUGGAUGACAUCUUGAAAAAUUUCGGAAGCACCUCUGCCCACGCCCACACCAGAGUGAACAUGAACCUGAUGAAAGCCUUUCUGCUCGGCAAGAAGAUGCUGGGCAUAGACGGACGCCUUUUGCUUCAUGAUGGCAAAUGGCUCCUGGCACUGGGCAAAGCGGCUGGCUUGCUCUAUGCUCUGUCGCUGGACGAGCUUCACAUGUUUUUCCAGGGGCCGUUGCCGGCCGAGACGGUGGAUGAAACUGCGGUCACUCGUGAGAGUCGUCGCCUCAAGGCCCAGGAUCCCCUGAGUGACGGUGAGACGGUCAAGGCACUCGUCGUCUGUGGCAGCAAGAAGCCGCCUAACUGCAAGUGGCCCAUCAUCAUGGAGACCUUGCUUGACUUCCAGAAGGUUCAAGUGUUCCCGUACACCAUGCAUUGGGUGGAAGGCUCUCUGGCCACGAAGCUUGGCAGCUGCUGCCUGCUGAGGCGAAGUGUGGCAGGGCGAAGUCUUUUGCUGGACUUGAUCCUGACGGGCGAGAUUGUGAAGGUCACCAGCGAGUCUUUGUCGAAGAUGCUGAAGAUCCAGGAUGUCAGCUGCCGAAAGAAUGCAACGAAGAGUGCCAAGAUCAAGGCACUCCUGGAGCAGCCGUCGAUCAAGGAGGCCGUUGCUCAGGAGCGAAUCGUCGAGCUGCUGGCCAUUUUGAAGGAUCUUGAUGACAAGAGGCGAAAGAAGAAGCCGGAGGAUGAAGAUGAGGGGGACAGGGAUCCAUGCGAGCCAGAAGAGGAGGUUUUCCCAGAUGAGAACGACGAGGUGAUGAUGGCUGCAGCUGCUGUCGUGCAAGAGAUGGAGCAGGCCGCUGGCAGUGGCGGCGAGGUGGAGAAGCCGCCGCCCGCAUCGGAGCUGCCGGGCAUGGAUGCAGAGCAAGAAAGGGAGAGCAGGAAGAGCAUCUCGAAUGCCGUGGCGAUUCCCCAGUUCCUGAAGGAUAAAUUUCCCAUGCCACCCGACAUCCAAGUCGUUCACGUGCAGCAUCGCACCAAGACGCUGCCGCAUUUCCAAGCCAAGCUCCCGACAGGCCAGCUUUUUGAACACAAGCAACCUGGCUCCAUCUCAAGGAUUCCUUUUUUCUUUGGGAAAGCACUCAUGAAUGCCGGCCAUUUUGUUGAUGGGUUGACUGAUGUGCCAUUCUUUCGAAUUCCCAACCAGUUUUCGCAACUCAGGGCCAGCACUUCGGCAUCGUACAAUCCGUCAUUGCCUCCAGAUCAAGUGAACGAAAUUUCACUACCAUAG